UCAGCAUGCAGCUGGGGCUGAACUUUGUCCUCCAUCCAGACAGAAAACAACAGGCAGAGUAUAAAAGGGGAGAGCAGGGGAGGAAGGGACUUGUUUUUGUUCAAGGAGUUGAAGCAAGGCAGAGCUGAGCAGAGAGAAGAUAACUUUAUAACCAAACGACUGGGGCAGUGAGGAGGCGCCACGGGGAUGUGGGCGUGCCUCAGUCUGCUCGUCACUCUCUGCCUGCUCCAUGGGGGCGGUGCAGAGAGUGACGGGGGCGGGCCUCGCUGUCAGCUGUCGCCAGCCUGGAAGAUCGGGGAGGUGGAUCCGAUGAGGGACGCAAUGGGUCGUGUGACGGUGGUGGCCCUUUUACAGGCCAGCUGUUUGUUCUGCUUGGUGCAGGCUUCCAGGAUGGAUGGCCUGCACCAGAAGCUUGAGAAUCAGGGUCUGAAGGAUGUGGUCUACAUGGUCGUUAACCACAGGGGGGAGCAAGCACAGCGCCUUCACCCCCUGCUGGCACAGAAACUGUCAGAGAACAUCACUCUCUACAGACAGGAUGUGCAACAGCCUGAUGUCUGGCAGGCGCUCGGGGGGGAGAAAGAUGACUUUCUCAUUUAUGACAGGUGUGGCCGUCUCACCCACCACAUUUCACUUCCUUACACCAUCAUUGGACAAGGUCAUGUGGAGAGUGCAAUCAGAGAAACCUACUGCAGACGCAUCUGUGGCGAGUGCACAUAUGAGAGCAUUGAAACCCCAGAGGAGUGCAAAGAUAAAGCAGAUGCACAACCUGACACAGACGGAAUCCCGCCUGCAGAGGAAGACACCAGACAUAGACACCAUCAUGGACAUCACCAUGGUCAUGGCCACAGACAGGAUAAUCAUGGUUUCCAUCCCCGUGGCUUUGGCCAUGGACGUGAUCACAACCACGGUCAUCAUCACGGAAGUCACGAUGGCCAUGGCAGUGACCAUGGACAAAGUCAAAGUCAUCAAGGUGGUGUUAGACACCAGGGGCAUGAGCAAGAUGUUGAUGUAUCUCAAAGGCAACAUCAUUUAGAUUUAGGCCAGAUGCAGCAAGCUGCACACAUGCACCACAUGCCACAGGUGGCCCAUGGAGCCCCUGUGAGGCCUUGAGCACCAGAGAAGGCUAGGUGAAAAUCAAAGCACAGCUGACAGUGGACAGCAGGCUCUGACAAUGAGGCCUCUCCUAAAGUCAGCUGAUGCUGACACUGACGCAGGCUGUUUGGUGAGGCGGGGAGUGAGCAGCCAGUCGGUCUCUGACACUGUGAUGAGGCGCUGCCCGCCUCCUGACAGUGACACGGGCUGAUAGGUGAAGCAGCCAAUAACGUUAGGGAGACCUGACAGUGACGCUCACCUCCUGCUGACUGACAGCAGCCUCAGCCAGCCCAAUGAGCCUGACCCCAAGGUGCAAGCUGAGGAUGAGAGCAGCUGUAAGCUGGCUCUGAUAUCAGCUUCAAAUUAAGACCAGAAACACCAGGGGCCAAGAGCUAUUUUUACCAACAAGUAUUACCCUGGGAGAGGGCAGGGCAUCCCUGACACCAUGGGGUAGACGAACAGGUCCAACAUAGCACUGAUAAAGACAAAAUGAGGUAGAUAAACACACGACCAAAACAUGGUAUUGACAGCUUGUUAACUCCUAACAUUUGGCAACAGAUAUGCAAAUAAUAGAAAAAUCUACAUCACAUUUGACCUGCCUCAGCAUGUCUGUCAGUGGCCUGCUCUCGUCCUUUCUCAGGAGUGUAUGUGGUUGUCAUGUUCAUAAACUGCCUCUUCCAGUUUGCUCUCUCCAUCCACAAUGAAACCAGAUGCGGAAACUAUGCCCUAGUGGCGUCUGUUUGAAGUCAGGCAGGAGAGAGAGGAGAGGGCAGUUCAGGAACAUGAUACACACUUAAAACCUUUCAAAGUUCAACAUCAGAGGAUAUUUGAAGGAAAAGAAAAAAAACACAUUAAAUGUGCAAAUACUGCACAAGAAAACAAAUGACCAAGGAAGCAUAAAAGACAAUACUAUUACAGCACAUCCGAUUCUGUGAAUUAGGCAACUGCCAGAAAUCUUUUUUUUUUUUUUUUUUUUUUUGGGGGGGGGGGGGGGACCUUAAAGCACUGGAGUAUAAGUUUUAAAAUACAUUUAAAAGCAAAGAAAAUUUUAUACCAGUGCUGUGUUUGUCUUUAGAGCGUGCUACUCAUCAUCAUUCUUGAGCACAUAUAACAGCGUUAUUACCGCGAAUGACUUUCUUUUUUGUUUUGUUGAUUCCACAUGCUUAAACGUAGAUCAGUUGUAUCUUUUACCACAAACAUACACUUUUUGAAUGUUGAGUACUUGACUUACAAGUAUCGGUUUCUAUUCUUUGCAUUCACUGGAUUUCUUAUGUAGAUUGCAAAUUGCACACAUUUAUACAAGGCUUACUCACAAAAAAGGGUAUAGUGUUUAGUAAAGGUCAAGGAGGAAUAGAAGAGCGAAGCAAUGAAUGACUGCUGAAUACACUCUGUACUUAAUGAUGGCAUCUGUGGAAACAUGACAGUCACCCUGAAAACCCGAUGCUUGCACAGAGAACUGUAUUAAGAUUGUCAAACAUGAAAAGUGAGAGUUGAAUAAAGAUGGUUGGGUUGCUUUUUU